UCACAGCUGUCUCAGAAAACCUUUCUGCUUUGGGCUCCGUUCAGCCCAGCCCAACCAGCAAUCCUUGGAAGGAAUGAAAUCUUGCUGGCUUUCAAGUCACCCCGGCAGGCCAGAUAGGGACUUUGGUCCUUGGGGAGGGGUCUGUUCCUGAGCAUUGCUGGCAGUACGGGCGUUGAUCUGAAGUCCCUAUUUCUCCCCCCUCUCUCCCUCCCUCUCUCUCUCUCUCCCUCUCUCAUGUACAGGAGCUGCUGCAGAUGGCAGACAGACAGAGAAGCAGCAGCAACAGCAGCAGUAGCUGCGGUCCUCCCCCAGCCAGCUCCUCUCUGGAUGCAGCCAAACAGGACUCCCCGCUUUGCAUCUGUGCCAAUGCCGGAGUGCCCAAAAACCUCUGCAGUCACAGCGCAGUCCUCCUGCAGGAAAACCUGCAGAAUCUCUGCCGGAACCCCUAUUACACAGCCUGCCUAACCUGGACGAUACGAAAUAAUAGCAACCCCAUUUGCCAGGAUCAUAAAGAGGAAGAUUCCGAACUUGCAGGGAAAGACAAUUUACUAUCUGAAGAACAGAGUCCUAGAAAGGCCACCCUGAGCAAGGAGGUUCCAGAAUUCACCGUGCAUUGUGGAAUACCAGGAUGCAGCUGGAGGGGUCCGCUGAGCAGUUUGGAAGAUCAUCGACGUAUGUGUGAAUAUGUCCUGGUCAAUUAUGGUCAGGCAGCGGUGUGCAGGAUGUUGAUGGAUCCAAACGCUGUCGAUAAUCCCAAGACAUCCACGAACGAACAACAGAAUCCUUCAGGAUUUGGCCCCAGGGAUGAAGGUUGCCGAUUUUCCAGGAUUGGAUGCUUGUUCAAGGGCAACGCAGGAGAUCAAAAAUUUCAUGAGAAGAAUGCUGCAGGAAGACACCUGUCGCUGCUGCUCCAGUACGUCAAACACCUGAAGGGCAAUUCAUCCCCGAGAGGCAGUUUAUGCAACUCACCUUUGAUAGACGCCAAGCUUUGGAUGAAGUCUCCUCUCACCCUGAAGAUCCAGGAUCCUGGGGGAGAAAGGCCCUUUUCUGCAUCGCCAGUGGAGGAGGGGGAGGUGAGCUGGUGCUCCCUCUUGAGAAGAGUGAAGAGGGUCUCCUGGCUGGAGACCAAGCUGCAGGUCUUUGAGAACAUCGCAUCCGUGCUGAGCAAAGAGAUGGCUACGUCUCGGCAGAAAAUCCUGGCCUUUCGUGGACAGAGGGGCCUUGACCAAGAUAUGAUUCGUGGCCUAGAGCUGAAGAUGGCUGAUCUCCAGCGAUGCCUGGCGCAGAAAGACGCCGCUCUCAUGAGGCUGGGGAAGAGACUCCACUCGUCCGAGCAAGCGUCUUACGACGGCGUCUUCCUUUGGAAAAUCACGGACGUUCAUCAGAAAUGCUAUGAGGCCAUCUGUGGCAAGAUCCACAGCUUCCAGUCACCCGCAUUUUACACUUCCCGAUACGGUUACAAACUGUGCAUGAGGAUCUACCUGAAUGGAGAAGGCAGAGGCAGGGGAACCCACAUCUCGCUCUUCAUCGUACUUCUCAAAGGGGACUAUGACUCGCUGCUGCCCUGGCCUUUCACGCACAAGAUCACCUUCAUCUUGCUCAGCCAGGACCAAGGGGACCAUCUGGUGACCUCUCUCCAGCCGGAUCCUAUCUCCGCCUCCUUUCAAAAGCCAGAGACUGACCUGAACGAGGCCAGUGGCUUCGCCAGAUUCGUUCCUUUGGCCAAGUUGCAGUCCCCGAAAUACGCUUAUUUGAAAGAAGGCACCUUGUUCCUCAAAUGCAUCGUGGAAACCAGUUCGUGAAGCUUGCCACGCCUUUCCUCGGGGACGGCAAAUUUAAAAGGCUGUGAGAAGCACGGAAAAUAUUUCAGGGAAAGGGCUUUGCAAUACAGUUGAAUUUGGCUCUGCAAAAGAGCUGCUCCAGCCCUCCAAUAAUAGAAUUUGGGUCUUCUUUUUUUUAAUAUAUAUAUUCAAGGGUUUUUUUUCUUAAUUUAUAUAUAAGUAUUUUGAAUACAGUAUAUUGUCCGGGCAUACCAUUUUACAAAACAGAAAGACAAAAUAACAGAUAUACUACUAGUAAUAAGAAUAAUAGCAAUAGCACUUAGACUUAUAUACCGCUUCACAGUGCUAUUACAGCCCUCUCUAAGCGGUUUACCGAGUCAGCCUUUUGCCCCCCCCCAACAAUCUGGGUCUUCAUUUUACCCACUUCAGAAGGACGGAAGGCUGAGUCCCACCUUGAGCCUGGUGGGAUUCGAACUGCCAAAUUGCAGUCAGCCGGCAGUCAGCAGCAGGAGCCUGCAGUACUGCACUCUAACCACUGUGCCACACCGAGGCUCUUAAUGCAACAAAAUAAUUCUAACCAUGUUUAUAAUUAAAGAUUUGGGUCUUCAAAAGGGCUGAUUUAACCCUGCAAGGAAAGUGGUUUGGCUCCACAAAAGGGCUGAUGGAGCCGCCACGGUGAAAAACCGAUUUGGCUCGGCCCUUGGAGCUGAGUUGUGUGCGUGCCAUUUUCUUGUCUCGAACUCCGUUCCUUGUCUAGCCCAAGUCCAGUGUGACGGGACAUUCAUCGCUUGUGUCAUGCUUAAAAGCUGUUUUUCCUUUCUUUGCCAAAGUCCCAAACUGGCAUGGUAAGACGACAAGACAACAGUUUUGCCGAAUUUGCCAAAUUCGGGGUGUGUGGCGUGUGAGAAAUAUCACACUUACAUUUUUGUUUUGUGUUGUUUUGAUCUGGAGUGCAACGUUCACGUCAGUGAUUUUUUUAAAAAAAUGAAUGGACUGAAAAUGGUAACAAAGUUCUAAUUGUGUAUGGUGUUUAGUUUAUUUAACGGACAGAUUAAACGUGCAUCUGAAGAACCAAUUUCAGAACUUACUUUAAAAAUACGCAGUUGAGAUGGAACGUAUUGUUUAUUUAUUUUUAUUUGUUUUAUUUAUUUGUCACAACAGUAUAUAUAUAUACUGUGUAUAUAUAUAAGCAAGAAAUAUGUGUAUAUAUAUAUAUAUAUAAGCAAGAAAUAACUAUACGAUAUGUAAGCAUAUAUAUAAGCAUAAGCAUGAAAUAACUAUAUGAAUUGGAUACAAUCAAAGGGAACAUUAGGACAGGAACCGUAGGCAUGCUGGUGCUCUUAUGCAAGCCCCUUACAGACCUCUUAGGAAUGGGGUGAGGUCAAUAGUAGAUAGUUUUUGGCUAAAGCUUUGGGGAUUUUGGGAAGAGACCACAGAGUCAGGUAGUGCAUUCCAGGCAUUAACAAUUCUGUUACUGAAGUCAUACUUUCUGCAAUCAAGAUUGGAGCGGUUCACAUUAAGCUUAAAUCUAUUGUGUGCUCGUGUAUUGUUGCUAUUGAAGCUGAAGUAGUCUUCAACAGGAAGGACAUUGUAAUAGAUGAUUCUGAGUUAAACUCAAGUCAUGUUGAAAAUGGCGUAGAUCUACAUUUUCUAAACCCAGGAUUUCAAGUCUGGUAGCAUAAGGUAUUUUGUUGUAUUCAGAGGAGUGGAGAACUCUUCUUGUAAAAUAUUUCUGGACAUGUUCAAUUGUAUUGAUGUCAGAAAUGUGGUAUGGGCUCCAGACAGUCUGUGUAUGUAUUGUACCAUACACAUGUCCUCUUCUCCCCUCCCUCCCUCCCUCUCCUCCUGUCCCCUCCCCUUUCACCUUCCUUUCCCUUCCCUUGAUUCCUUUCUUCCUUCUGUCUCCUUCUUUCUUUGCUUGUCUCCUUCCUGCCAUGUCCCUUCCGUUCCCUUUACUUUAUCCAUCCAUCCAUCCAUCCAUCCACCCAUCCUUCCCACCGCUUUUCUCUCUUUUCUAAGUUCAAGAAAUGCAAUAGGCAAUGCUCGCGAUUAGGACCAGUAGUGGGAUUCAAAUCCUGUCACUACCGGCUCACUUGCGGGCAUGCGCACGCUUGUGCACGUGAGCAACACUUCUGCGUACGCACAGAGACAUCCAGGUGGGUGGGUGGAGCUCCCGCCUCCGCUGGUUCGCCCAGAUGUGGGGCGAACCAGUAGAACCCAACACUGAUUAGGACUGGAUUUCUUUGCAAGUGAAAUCAUUUCUUGCAAUUUGACCGCAAAAUGACCCAGACAUUACUAAGGACUGUAUGAAGUGAGUCCAAGGACAGAUUGUGGCUCUAAGGCUGCAGGUUGCUCACCUCUGCUGAAAAUAAUAAUUACUAUUCAGCAGAAUUUGAGGAAUGUCACCCUGAGAUCCCACCGACAUCCCCUAAAUUCCGCUGAAGAUGUAACCUAGCCUGGCAAUAAAACAUUUGGAAACCAACCCACAAGCUCAGAGAAUGAAUAAUAGAAUCCUAGGGCUAGAAGAACCCUAGAGGUCUUCUAGUCCAUCCUCGAGCAGGAGACCCUAUACCAUUCUUAAACAAUGGCCGUCCAGUCUCUUCUUAAAAACCUCCAGUGAUGGAGCACCCACAACUUCUGGAGACAAACCUUCCCACUGAUUAAUUGUUCUUCAAAUUCAUCAGAUCUGCAGAUGACAUCAAGCUAGCAGGAACAGCCAACACUCCAGAAGAUAGACUCAAGAUACAGAAGGAUCUUGACAGACUUGAACAUUGGACACUAUCUCACAAAACGAAAUUCAACGGUGAAAAAAGCCAGGUUCUACAUUUAGGCAAGAAAAACCAAAAUGCACAGGUACCGUAUAUGUGGUACCUUGCUCAAUAGCAGUAACUGUGAGAGGGAUCUUGGAGUCCUAGUGGACAACCAUUUAGAUAUGAGCCAGCCGUGUGCAGCAGCUGCCAAAAAAGCCAACACAGUUCUGGGCUGCAUAAACAGAGGGAUAGAAUCAAGAUCAUGUGAACUGUUAAUACCACUUUAUAAGGCCACACUUGGAAUACUUCAUCCAGUUUUGGUCACCACAAUGUAAAAAAAGAUGUGGAGACUUUAGAAAGAGUCCAGAGAAGAGCAACAAAGAUGAUGAAGGGACUGGAGGCUAAAAUAUAUGAAGAACGGUUGCAGGAACUGGGCAUGGCUAGUUUAAUGAAAAGAAGGACCGGGAGAGACACGAUAGCAGUCUUCCAAUAUCUCAGGGGCUGCCCCAAAGAAGAGGGAAUCAAGCUAUUCUCCAAAGCAACUGAGGGCAGGACAAGAAGCAACGGAUGGAAACUAAUCAAGGAGAGAAGCAACUUAGAACUAAGGAAAAAUUUCCUGACAAUUAGAAUAAUUAAACAGUGGAACAACUCGCCCCCAGAAGUCGUGGAUGCUCCAACACUGGAAGUUUUUAAGAAGAGGUUGGAUAACCAUUUUGUCUGAAGUGGUGUAGGGUUUCCUGUCUGGGCAGGGGGUUGGACUAGAAGACCUCCAAGGUCCCUUCCAACUCUGUUAUUCUAUUUUAAGUAAGGCACUCCCUCCCAGGGGGAAUAAAACUUGUUGAGUUGGCCACCUGCCUCUGCAAAAGACAUUAAGAAGGGGAAGAGGGAAGAAGGAAAGGCACUGCAUUUCUUUAUAACUGUGUCAUGGCUCAUCAUUGCUCUAUCAUGACUCACAGCAAAGUUCACAUCCUUGGAAAAAAGCUGCCUGCAA